AUGUCAUUAAAGCCUAUUAAUUCACCUAUAUUAUAUAAUAUUACAAAUGAUAAGAAUAUGCAUAGUAUGACUACAAAUAUAUCUAAUCUACUACUAAUGAAAGACAAUGAUAUAGAGUAUUUAGAUGAAAUAUUAAGUAUAAUGCGUUUAAUAUGUGGAAAAAUUUUAACUCCAGUACUAUGUACAAUUGGAUUUAUAUCAAAUAUUGUUAAUAUAAUAAUUUUAACAAGAGAAUGGAUGAGUUCAUCAACUAAUGUUUAUUUGACAGCUGUUUCUUUAUGCGAUUUAUUAUAUUUACUAUUUUCAUGUUUAUUCUCUUUAUGGAUUUAUCCAUGUACAAAAUUAUUUGCACCAUUUGCUUAUAGUAUUACAUUUAUACAUGGUACAGCAAAUUUAUUUAGUAAUACAACUACAUGGCUUACUGUUGGAUUUACACUUGAAAGAUAUAUUGCAAUCUCUUCACCUAUACUUGGUCGUCGAUUAUGUACAAAACAACGUGCACGUUAUGUAGUGAUUAGUAUAUGUAUUAUUAGUUUUACAUUAACAUUACCUGAUUAUUUUAAGAAAACAGUACAAUAUAUGGAAAUUACUAAUGAUAAUAAACAAAAUUUAUCAAUAACAUCAUCAUCAUCAUCGUUUAUUGGACAAUAUUUAGUUGUAGAUACUCGAUUCAAUCCUAUUCUUACAAAAAUUGGUUAUGAUUAUAUGAAUCAAACUGUAUUUGUUAUAUUACCUAUGAUAUUAUUGAUCAUAUUCAAUAGCUUACUUGUUCGUUCUGUAAUGCAAGCUAAUCAUAAUCGUAAGAUAUUAACUAAGCAAACCAGUAGUAAUAAUGCUACACCGAUAAAAGUUAGUACAGAUUCAAGAAGAAUAAAAUUACUCGAUACUAAUGGUAAUAGUGGUGGUAUACAAUUGAAUCAAGAAGCGACUACAAGUCAUAUAGUACCAGCUAUAAUGCGUGAAGCACUUCAAGCUAGUAUGCGAACUACAGUUGAAAUCACCUCUAGUAUUACACAAUCAUUUCGUUCAAUUAAUAAUCUACAGGAUUAUUUCCUAUAA